AUGGGAAUCAUAAUUCUUCCUCCCGUGGUGGAGGAUAUCGUUCCUCGCCAUGAAGAAUCCGACGACUCCAUGUCCGUCGACUCGGACGAAGACGUUGAAAUGAGCGGCGUGCGGUCACCGAAGCGGGCCCGCAUAGGAAAUGAGACUGUGUCGACAGGCGUCGUCACGCCAGGUGAAGUGGUCACAGACGAUCCGCAAUGGAUGAGAGGCCAUGGCACAUACGUGACCCCCCUCUCAACCUCAAUUAUCGCCACUGUCGCCGGUACAGUUCAAAAAACCAACAAGCUCCUCUCCGUCCACCCCCUACGCGCCCGCUACACACCCGAGAUCGGUGAUCUCGUCGUGGGCCGCAUCGUCGAAGUCCAGUCCAAGCGGUGGAAGGUCGAUGUCGCCGCUCCACUCCUCGCCCAGCUCCCUCUCUCCGCUAUCAACUUGCCCGGUGGUAUCCUUCGGCGACGAACAAGCUCCGACGAGCUGCAGAUCCGGACCUUCUUCAGCGAGGGCGACCUGGUGGUUGCAGAGGUGCAGAGCGUGCACCAAGACGGCUCAGCCUCGCUUCACACUCGCUCGCUGAAGUACGGUAAGCUGCGGAAUGGCGUCUUCCUCGCCGUGACGGGCACCGGUGGUAGCGGGGCGUCUAGCUCUACCACGAAGGGCGGCGUGGGUGCUGGAGCCUUGCGACCUGGAGCUGGCAGUGGAAUGGGUGGUGUUGUGCGAUCACGGCGACAGGUGUGGACGGUUAACACGCAUAAUGGCGGCGGUGAUGUGGACGUUAUUCUUGGAGUGAAUGGGUACAUUUGGAUUUCGAAGCAUGCCGAUGGUGCGGCUGCGGCCUCGUCGGCUACGGAGAACGUGUCUAUCACGCGCAUGGAAGAGAUGGUUUCCACAUCGAUUUACUCCAGCCAGAAUGAUGUGAUCGCACCACAGACCCGCCGGGAAAUCGCUCGGUUGGCACAGUGUAUCCAGGUCCUGGUACAAGGAGGUGUCCGUGUGGAUGAGGAGACGGUCAUGGAUGCCUACGAGGCCAGUUUGCAGGUGGAUCUAGAGGUGGGCGAUGAUGACGAUGAGGAUGAGGAGACGAGGCAUGAAGGACGGGAAUACUUGGAGGGUGCCAAGUCACGGCGUAUCUUGGAGCUGGUCGUUAAACGGGUUGGCUAG